AUGGAAGAGAUGUGGAAGAGAGACCUUACGCCCGAGCGUAUCGCUUAUCUGGCGCAAUCCCGAAUCCCAGGGAUCAUCGCUUGUAACACGAUCCUCCUCGUGUUCGCGACCGCUGGGCUGCUGGUGCGGCUUUUCGUGCGGAUGCGAUAUCUGACGGGGAUCAAUCUUGACGAUGUGCUGUGCAUCACCAGCUGGAUCUUUACUUUCGCUCUGUGCUUCACGACAAUGUGGAUGACGAGGUAUGGCUUCGGCAAGCACAUCGGUACGGUGUCGAGUUUCAACGACCGCGCCAUGUUCCUGAAGCUCGACUUCGUCACCAUGCUGACCUACGUCCUUGCCCUCGGCGCCAUCAAGAUCUCCUUCUGCGUGCUGUACCUGCAGAUCUUCCCAGGCAGAAAAUUCCGGAUCGCCUGCUGGUGCCUGCUGGCGAUCCUUCUCGGCGAGACCGUGGCCGAGACCUUCGUCGUCAUCUUCCAGUGUAUUCCCGUGCACAAGGCUUGGGACGCGACGGGUCUCGUCGAGGGCUACUGCGUCAACAUGACGGCUCUGUACUAUUCGAACUUUGCGAUAAAGCUAGCCACCGACCUGGCCAUUUUCAUCAUGCCGAUUCCCAAGUUGUGGCAGUUGAAGAUGACGAGGGGCAAGCGCAUGGGUUUGGUUAUGAUGUUCAGUUUGGGUCUGCUUGUAUGCGUAACAAGCAUCAUCCGAGUGUCCUACAUGAACUCCUUCGCGGUGGACCAUACCUGGUCGAUGGUAAACACCGAGCUCUGGUCGUGCGUCGAAGUCGCGGUCGCCAUCUUCAUCGCCUGCAUUCCCUCAUUCAAGACCCUGAUCACGCACCGCUUCCCCGUGCUGCAGCGCUUCCUCGGCCUCUCCAGCGACAGCGACUCGACCGGUCCCUCUAAGAUGUACGGCACCUCAACGCGGCGCACUUUCCACGGUCAGUCGGUGAGCAUCAAACUCAACGCCGUGACGGGGAACAGCAGUCGGGCAGACGCGGAGACCCGCAACGAGUCGCAGGAACGCAUCAUGUUCCCCGAGGGCAUUCACGUGGUCACGAAAGUUAGUGUCAAUGAGACCGUCUGA